AUGUGGUUUUAUGCUGAUAUUUGACUCUAAAUGUACACUGUAAAAAAUGGCUGUGAAAUCUACAGUAAUUUACUGUCGAUUUCACAGUAACAUUACUGUAUAAGAUUUUUACAGUAAAAUAUUGUAAAGUUUACAGUAAGACUGUAAAAAUCACAGUAGUCCAAGCAUUACAGUUGAAAUCACAGUAGUCAAAGCAUUACUGUAAAAAAAUCACAAUUUAGCCACUAUAGUACUGUAAAUAGUAAAGUAAACUACUGUAAUUUUCCUUUUUUUAUCAUAUCUUUCUUUGUACCCCUUUCACAUGGACAACUCCAGAUUAUUGUUGUUCAUAAUUCAUUACCGGAAUAUGAUGUAAAUACUCGAUGGUGAGCUUUAAGUAAAAGUGUAAUAUUAAUAAAUUAAAAUGUGUCAUGUAACUUGUACUCUGAUGCACCUGCUGCAGGUUUCUAUUCCAUACAAUAUAUAUUUUUUAAAGAAUUCACAUAAGAUUCCAAGAAUAUUUUUUGUUAGUUUGUUUGUUUUGUGACUGUAAAUGGGUGUUUGGGUGUAAAUGGGUGUUAACAGGGCAAUAAAAUAUUUGAUAAGCCUUAUCUUAAACUUCUCCAAAGUCUCCGCUGACAUGGUCUAACAAUAUAGGCUUCAUAAACGCAUAAUUUUUUGAGAUAUCAUCCUCAGAUUUGAACUGAAGCAUGACCAUUGGUUAUAAGUUGCAAUAGUAUAUUCACAUAAUUAUGUAUAUUAAUAUUUAAAUAUUAAUAUUUUAUACAUUUAAUAAAUAUAAUCUUAAUAUUUGUUGUUUUUAUUUUUGAGCUUAUAUAUCUCGAUAUUAAUAACAUCUGAUUAAUUUUGAGUUUUGAACUUGAGCCAAAACUCUCAAGCUUUGUAAAUAUAUGUAGGUUAUGUGUCUAUUCAGAAUGACUUAUGAGCAGCAGCCUUUUUAUUUUGGGUAGGCUAUGUCAUGUGCAUUACUUCCCAAAAUUGGGGCUGUCUGGUUAACUCAUAAAUACGUACCAUGGGAUUUUUAUUUUACAAACAUCAGUGUUAUAUAUAUUUUUUUCCUUCGGAAGCAGGAGAGAUAAAGGUGCAAGUUUCCAGAGCUGUUUGGCGAAAUCAAAGCGCCAGAGUGGGCGGAGUUUACCCAGUCUAGAACGAUCUAGUAUCUGUGGGGGAAAAAAGCGCGAAAGAGGCAGCAGCACUUGAAUUUCUGACUCGUCGUCAGUGACAGACAAGUUCCGUUAAUUCUCAAAUCUAAGUUUCUUUACACCCGGUUUUGUCUUGUAACGUUAUUUAUUUUGUUUUCGUCUUUGUGUUGAUUUCUUUAACUUUUUGCCUGAGAGGAAUUCAGCGAAAACGUUUCCGUGAGAGCUCCGACGGAGACGUCUUCGCAGCCGUUAACGUUAAGCUCCGUUAAUAACAGACUAUUACUCAAAUUUACGUUUCUUUAUACACGGAUUUGUCUUGUGGUUGUAAAGUUAUUUAUUUUGUUUUCGUCUUUGUGUUGAUAUCUUUCACUUUUUGCCUGAGAGGAAUUCAGCGAAAACGUUUCCGUGAGAGCUCCGACGGAGACGUUUUCACAGGCUUUAACGUUAAUGUAUUUUUCCCACCCGUGGCCUCUGCCGGAGUUUCCAUCUUGGAAUCGCGGAUCCUUCACAGACUGCUUAUCGGGACUUCCAGAAAAUCAGUAAGUAACUCUACCAUCACUACUUAGAGCAAAAAAUAAAAAUAAAAAAAGGAAAAAUAGAAAGUUCAGUGCCACACCCUUGUCAGGCUGUGGAAAGCCAAGUGUAUACAGCUAGCGCUAGGAGUAUAAUUAGUUAGCUUUCCAUCAAGAUGAAUUACUCGUGCAAGCACUGUAAUUUCACCACAGCUUCAAUUACUGCAUUUGUUCGUCAUUUGAGCAUACACAGAAAUCUAGCUAACUUUAGAUUUCCAUGUGGCGUAGCAAAAUGCUUUGCCACUUUUGUGACUCGUGGUGCCGUUCAGAGCCACAUGUACCGUUUUCACAAGAAGACCGCUAAACCAGUACUUAAAAAGAACAUUGAUGGAGUUGAUUUGGCUUGCUCUGUUGAAGGUUGUAACUAUGUGUCAGCAAAUUUUCCAAGCUUACAUGAACAUCUUCAGUGGCAUAUUAAAUAUGGCACAGAAGUGUCAUGCCCUUAUAUUAAUUGUUUAAAACAUUUCCGUGUCCGUUCAACCUUUGCCUCGCACUUGAAUCGGAAACACAAGAGUAUAUCUACUUCUCCACGUAUUAGCCAAAGUUCUACCAGUGCUGCUAGUACUAACAUCACCUGUGCCUCCAUGUCAUCAGACAGUGAACUAGAUCACACUUUUGAGACCACUUUUGACGAUGAUAAUGACAACACAGAAGAUGAAGUGGACACAGAUGAUUUUAUGAACAAUCUGGCCAUGUUUUAUCUCCGAAUGCAGGCUAAAAUGCUGUUACCAGCCAGUACAAUUCAGACCUUAAUAGAGGAAAUACAAGAGGUACACAACACUGGUUUGACUCAUCUAUUGUCUAGGAUGCAUGAAGAGUUAACAAAUCUGAAUGUCCCUGAAAGUGAUAUUAAGAGGCUCCUUGAUAAUCUCUCAAAAGAUAACCUUCUGAAAAUGUGCAACGAAGGAGUGUUUAGAACAGAUCAAACCCGUAAAACCUUCUUUAAGAGCAGAUUUAGCUAUGUUGAGCCAGUCAAGACUUAUUUGGGCAUUGAUGCUAAAGGCAAAGAGAGGUUCUACCAGUACGUGCCCAUCAAGGAUACAGUAAAAUCACUCCUCUCUCAGAACUCUGUUAAAGAACAGUAUGCCCAAGCUAAAGCUGACACAGAAACAAAUCCUGAUGUUCUGGAAGAUGUGAGAGAUGGUAGAAACUUUAAAGAGAAUAUACUUUUACGAGAUUCACCAUCUUCAUUGUCUCUCAUCUUGUAUCAGGAUUCUUUCGAAGUUGCGAACCCACUGGGCUCAGGCAGAAAAAAACACAAAAUACUGGCCAUGUACAUGACACUUGCAGAGAUUGCACCACACAACAGGUCUUCCAUUGAUCCAAUGCAACUUGUUAUGUUGUGCAGAGAGGAGGAUUUCCAAUUUUUUGGACAAGAAAAAGUGUUCUCCACUUUAGUCAGUGACUUAAAAGAAAUGGAGGAAAAUGGAAUUGAAUAUGGUGCUGAGGAGAAAAUAAAAGGCUCUGUGAUUGCCAUUACUGGAGAUAAUCUGGGGUCACACAGUAUUGGCGGGUUUACUGAAAACUUCAGUAAAAGCACACAUUUUUGCCGGUACUGUGUCAUCGACAGAGUGUCUUUUCAAACAGAUCCCUGCAAAUCUGGUCCUAAAAGAACCAUAGAGAGUUACAAAAAUAGUGUGGCAGACCUGGCAGACCAGGAGAUGAACAGUGGAGUAAAAUUUGACUCAAUUUUCAAUCAGUUGAAAUAUUUUCAUGUUUGCCAGCCAGGGCUCCCUCCGUGCCUGGGUCAUGACCUGUUUGAAGGGGUUGUUUCAUUUGAUCUUGCUAUGUACAUUAAGCACUUAGUGACAGUGGGCAAACACUUUACCUAUGGUCAACUGAAUCGGACUAUAUCACAGUUCACAUACCUAGGCAGUGAUGCAAAUAACAAGCCAUGUGAGGUUAAAACUAAUGCGGAGAAGCUGGGAGGACAUGCUGCUCAAAACUGGUGCCUCUUACGUCUCUUUCCUAUUCUGGUUGGAGACCGAAUCAAAAAUCCACUUGAUGACGAGGUGUGGCAGUUGUGCUUAAAGCUCAGAGAAAUUGUGGAUUUGAUAUGUGCACCCAAGAUCCAUACCAACCAAGUAGCAUACCUUAAGAUUCUCAUUGAGGAAUACAUCCAGCUAAGAACUGCCACAUUCCCAGAAAAGACACUUAAACCCAAACACCACUAUCUUGUCCAUUACCCAGAACUCAUUCUUCAGUUUGGUCCCCUCAUUAGGUUGUGGACAUUGCGCUUUGAAAGCAAGCACUCAUAUUUUAAGCAGUGUGCAAGGAAACUGCAUAACUUUAAAAACCUCUGCAGUACCUUAGCAGAAAGACACCAGUUGCUACAAGCAUAUUUACAUGCUGGUAACUUAUUUCCUCCAACUCUGCAAAUGGGCCAACCAAGUAAAUUUGAUGACCAACUGUACCAGAUUGGCAUUCAGAGAGCUAUCAGUCUCAAGGGUCUCCGCCCAGAAGACACUACUGAAACACCCUCUGUCACUUUCAAAGGCACUCUGUACAAAAGAGGCAUGACUGUUGUAGUGGACCAAAAUGACACAGGGUAUCUACUUGGGAAAAUACUGUUGAUACUGGUAAACGAGGCAAACGUACAUUUUGUUGUCCAGCAGUAUCAGUCUGUGCCUGUUGUGGAUCUUGGUGUUUAUUGCUUACAAAGCAACUCAGAAGCACAAUAUCAGUGUUUGACUGUAGAGAAUCUUGCAGAUUAUUACCCUCUUUCUGUAUAUAAUCAAUUUGGUCUUAAUCUUGUUGCUCUGCAUCAUUCUGUGUUUCAGAAGAAUGAGUAAUGGACUCCAUUGAGAAGGCAAUACAGGCCGUGCUACCACAGCUAGAUGAAGCAAAGCUUGAAACUUUAGUCAAUGAGUUGGUGAAAGUAGGUGUUGAAGGACCAGAUGAUCUGCAGUUUAUUCAAGAAGAUGACAUCAAACAUCUGCUCACACCCAUUCAGUGCAGAAAAAUUAUUCAUUCCUUGAAAGUGUGUAAUGCAGGUCCUUCAAAUCCCCAGCUGAGCCCUUCAUCGUCUGAGCCACUGUCAGUUGCCUAUUCCAGCACAUGCCCCAUAUCAUCUAUAAGUCCCAUCUCUGCAUGGGUGAACAGUUUUGAGGUGCCAUGGAACAAAGUGAGGCUGACUCUUAGAAGAGCAGUAGAUGCUGGUGAGAGGCCAGCUCCGGAUGACCGCAGACACUUGAUAAAAGUCACUGUUGAUGCGAUGAGAGAGCGUUCCUUGAACCCUACUCGCAGAGAGUGUGUGGUAGUGGCUAAAGCUAUAACUCAAAAAUAUCCAAAUAGCUUUUUAGACAAAAAUGAAGAGGGGGAGCUAAUUGGAUGUGGGUAUUUCAGCGUUAUAAAUCAGCUCAAAACCAGAGUAGAAUAUUUGAAUCGAGGCAACUCUCUUUCCCGUCUGAGGAAGCACAAACGCACCCAGAGAGAUGAUGAGGAUGGUGAUGAUGACCAGCCAGCAGUAGCUACAUGUGCAAGAAUCGACAGUUAUGGGUGUGUUCGUUGGCAGCCAGCGGACUAUCCAGAUGGGGAAACAUCAGCAUCAUUAGAGGAAAAGAAGCUUGAGAUGAUUGAUAUAUUCAGCCGAGAGGGACUAAAGGGCGCUGAGAGAGGAAGGGUAGAAGACCUAAUGGCAAUCACUUAUGCCAAACAGCGGGAAUACAUCAACGCAAAGCCUUCCCCAAGCAUUCUGGAUGUGGGUAAAGAGUGGCCAUUUCUCUUUUCACAGAAGUUUUUAUUGUCACACUUCACCACUCUCACCAAUGUUGAACUAUACACAAGACUGAAUGAAGAUAUGGACAAAAAGGGUAAAAGACUCCUGGAUUUCUUCAGUAGUCAGAUUACAAAGUGGAGGAAAGAAGUAAGAGCUGUUCUGAAGGAAGCCAUAAAGAAGGACCGAGAAGGAUCUGAUGGCCUAGCAGCGAUGCUUGUGAUGUUGGCACACUUCAAAGAGCAAGAGGAGUCACUUUUUCUCAUUGCCGAUGUAAGUUCCUUAAUUAUUUAA